CGCCGGCGACUAGAGGGGACGAUAUUAAACAUUUUGUAGCCGCUGUUAUUCGGCUCCGGCGGGCGGAAUACACAGCAUCUCAGGUUGCUGCUGCAGAGAGAGAAGGAGGAGGAGGAGGAGGAGAAGGAGGAGGCAUUUACAGUAGUUUCUGUAGGCCUGUGUCAAAAACAAAAAGAGAAGAGAGGCUGGAGGCGCACACAGCCUGGGACAGGUACGACUUCAGGGCUUAAGAUUGCAGCCUGGACCAAACAACAACGUCUCAACGACAUUUAUGAAGCUUUCAAGGCCUUUUGAUUGAUCAGCCAAUCGAUGGGGAUUUUCAGAGGAGCUCCACCCACCGUCGCCGCCUGCCCACCUCCUCCUUCCCCCUCCCCCCGCACCCUCACCCACUCCAUCAUCCAGCCUUCCAUCCAGCCCUCCAUACACAAAAUGACUCUGGAACUCACUGAAUGGUCUUCUAUAUGGAUUUUUACUGCUUGUAAUAGACAGUAAAAAAAAGAGGGAGACACCUCAAUGACAAAAAAGCCAUAAACACACACACCACAUACACACACAUACACACACUAACACACCACUUUCACACACAAACAGGCAUGUAAACACUGACAUACCAACAUACCAAAUAAAGCUGACAUAGUUUUCCAGGCAAAAUCUCACACACCUGACAAACACACACAAAGAAGCAAAACGCACAAACUCGCUUUUGGAAUGUACCGCACACUCUUCCUGUGAAAAUUCAACUGCUUCCUUUAUUUUUGGGAUUUUCUACAAGCAUUUGGAAAGCUGAUUUUGUUCUUUUUUUCCCACUCUGUUGGAGGGGAACAAGGCGACAAGAAGAGGAUUAAAAACGUGUUGAAUUUGAAGCUGCAGUGUUUUUGGACAACUUGUUUAGUGGACUGGCUUUUUUGUUUUGUUUUCUCUAGCGGAUCUUGAAAUUGAGAUUUAUGAUAGAUCUAUAGAUAAUAGAUGAGUAUUUCUUCAUUUAUUUAGUGUCCACAGGCUUUUUAAUUUUAGCAGGACCCAGUUUUAGAUUAAAUUUUAUUACCUCGCGUACUGGGACACUAUCUGUUACAGUCUAUUUGUUUUUAUUCUAUUGGUAUUAGCACGCCAUCACUUCUUGAACACCUUUAACAGGUAAUUAUUCUUUUAAAACAUUAAUAGUUGUAACCACAACAUAACUAGCAAGUUACAACUACAACAGUUUGUAGCUUGUGAGGAUUGUAAUUAAGUUACUUCUAGGAAGUCAUUACUAGUUUUUAAAGUAACUACAAGUAACUUGAUACAAGUAGUUUGUGGAAGCAGGGAGGUGGUAUUGUUUUUUCUUGGUUAGCUACAGCUAAUUGUUCUAAGAUUUGUCAGGGUGUUAGAAGGGGUGCGCUUUUUUUUUUGUCGCGUGCAUGCCCUCCACCAUGCCUCCCCAGAACACAGAGGCUGACGCGAUGCAGGUCGGAUCUCUGGCGGGCGGGGUUAACAACAAAAACUCCACGGCAUCAGGCUCGGAUGAGGAGAAAGGAGGAGCAGGAGGCGAGACGGAUGGAUUGGGAGGAGGCGGCGGAGGAGGAGGUGGCGGAGGAGGAAGAGGUCGGGGUGGGGAGGAGUCAGCGAGCGAAGGAUCGAUAGAAGGCAUUUCUGUGAAGAGAUGGGUCAUGCACGGGGCUGUGAUGUUCGGCCGGGAGUUCUGCUACGCCAUGGAGACGGCGUUGGUGACGCCCGUGCUGCUGCAGAUAGGUCUUCCAGAGCAGUACUACAGUCUGACGUGGUUCCUCAGUCCGGUCCUCGGCCUCAUGUUUACUCCUCUGAUCGGCUCGGCCAGCGACCGCUGCACUCUGCGAUGGGGCAGGAGGAGACCGUUCAUCCUGGCUCUGUGUAUAGGAACACUGAUCGGAGUGGCUCUGUUUCUGAAUGGAUCAUUGAUAGGUCUGUCGCUAGGUGACGAGCAGGGGAGACAACCGAUAGGCAUCGUUCUCACCGUGCUGGGAGUCGUGGUGUUGGACUUCUGUGCAGACGCCACGGAGGGACCAAUCAGAGCGUACUUGCUAGACGUGGCAGACACAGAGGAACAAGACAUGGCACUCAACAUCCAUGCCGCCUCAGCAGGUCUUGGCGGUGCAGUUGGCUACGCUCUCGGAGGUUUAGACUGGACACACACCUUCCUCGGAUUAGCCUUCAAGUCUCAGGAGCAGAUCCUGUUCUUCUUCGCCGCCAUCCUCUUCUCCGUCUCUGUGGUGUUGCAUCUCUUCAGCAUCGAGGAACAGCAGUACUCGCCCCAACAUGACAGGCUGGAUCAGGAGAGUCCAGAUCCCACCAACCCACACCCGUCAGCCAAUGGCAGGACUGGACUUCUCGCUCCCAAGUUGGAAAUGAUCGGAGAGGAUGAAACGAUGGACAGUUACGACCUCUACGACCCCUAUGGAGAUGACCAGUCAGAGCGUGGAGAUAUGGACAUGGACUUUCUAGAGGUGGAGCUUGUGAGAAGUAAAAGCGACAGCGUUCUCGCCAUGGCAGACGGCACUCUCGACCACCUGGACCACGAUGCAUUGUUCUUGUGCCACAUAGAACCGUCCAUCUUCGCUGACCGCCUUUCACCCUACCACGGCUCGCCGCCUACAACCUCUAUGUUCUUCAACCCCAGUCACAGCACUCCCCCUCCCCGGCUCGCCAGCAUCAGACGCAGCAGCAGCACAGGAAGCCAGGACUUGCUCCGCCCACAAAACAGCAACAACCAAACACACUCUACCACGCCCAGGAUCUCUCGCCUCUCUGCUUUCUUACAAGAAAUGGAAAAUGAUGAUGGACAGGAGGCGCUGCUCAACAACCAACUCAACGAACAGCGGACUCUGAAUGGGCGGCUGUUAGCCAGUGUAACUAAUCCUGAUAGAGGUACCACUAACAGACUGAGCUCUAAAGGACAGGCCCAUCGCGCUGGUAUGGUCAAAGCUGCCAGCACUGGAGCUCCCAUGAGGCAGUCACGUCACCGUCACACCUUCUACCGCCAGCCGUCCUGCACUUUUUCCUACUACGGUAGAGUAGGGAGCCACCGUUACCGUUACCGCCGGGCCAACGCCGCUUUUCUCAUCAAGCCGUCUCGCAGCAUGAACGACCUGUACGAAGUGGAGGCCAGACACAGGAGGAGGAACAAACAGAGAAACAGACACAGGAGCGGAAACACUAACUCUUCCAGCGGAGAUACAGAGAGCGAAGAGGGCGAGGUUGAGACCACUGUGCGGCUGCUAUGGCUGUCCAUGCUGAAGAUGCCUCCAGAACUGCUGCGACUCUGCGCCUGCCACCUGCUCACCUGGUUCUCCAUCAUCGCUGAGGCCGUCUUUUUCACUGACUUCAUGGGACAAGUCAUCUACAAUGGAGAUCCUACCGCUCCUGUUAACUCUACUUUGCUGGAUGAUUAUCACAGAGGAGUUCAGAUGGGAUGUUGGGGACUGGUUAUAUAUGCCAUGACUGCUGCUACAUGCUCAGCUGUUCUUCAGAAGUAUCUUGACAACUUUGACCUGAGCAUUAAGGUCAUCUACAUCCUGGGGACACUUGGAUUCUCCAUAGGAACUGCCAUCAUGGCAAUCUUCCCGAACGUGUAUGUCGCCAUGGUGAUGAUCAGUAGCAUGGGCAUCAUCUCCAUGAGUAUCUCCUACUGUCCUUAUGCUCUGCUAGGACAGUAUCACGAAAUGAAAGAGUACAUCCAGCACAGUCCUGGUAACUCCCGGAGAGGCUUUGGCAUUGACUGUGCGAUCUUAUCUUGCCAGGUGUACAUCAGUCAGAUCUUGGUGGCCUCAGCUCUGGGUGCAGUGGUGGAAGCCGUCGGCAGUGUCCGUGUCAUUCCCCUGGUGGCCUCUGGGGGCUCCCUCCUUGGAUUCUUCACUGCCUGUUUUUUGGUCAUUUACCCAUCUCCAAACAACGGGGAAGGGGAGUCAGCCAAAGCUUCGGAGAAACGGGCCUUGACGACGCUGGAAAAUCCCCGUGGCAAUGAAGCAGCUGUAACUGUAGUGAUAGAGAAACCCAGCUUCCUGAAACUCAACAAGGAGGGCAAGGCCACCACCACUACCACUUCUUGUCACACGGCGAAUGAGUCUGCUCUGUGAUUGGCUGGCUAAAUUGACAGACAUGAGGCUGAAGACACAGAAUUCACUUGUAUCAUCAAUGCUGUUGGAAAAGACUUAAGGUGUCACCACCGUCCUCACAUGUGCUGGAGUUUACAGACAAAGAAGAGAGAGGAGGGCGGCUGGUGCACUCUUGGUGUCUGUUCUUGCUUUUUCUGAUUCGUUGUGUCUUUGCUGCAGAAAACAAAUCAAUCUGACGUGGGGACCAGUGACAUACCAGACCGACUUACCCUACAAAAAAAUCAUUCUGGUCCCAGUGCUGUUUCAGCUGUUACCGAAAUUCCUUCCACUUAACCCUCACGGACAUUUGACUGAUCCGUCAGGGUCGUCCAGAAGUGAGAAAUUCACAAGUCUUGGUUUUAAAGAGAGGUUGUCUCUGUCUCUCAGGGCCUCUAGGAGGUGCUACUGAGCAGCCGCCUGGACAGGAAACUUCAGGGGAUUCACAUACAUACAUAAAAACCCUCACGCACACACACACCUCCUCAUCUGGAUCGAAUGAAAUCCUGAAUAAUGAACGCUGUUGAUGAACUUUAGUCCUCGAAGCUGCAAUCAUUUAAAAAAAUGCUGAAAAUCGUUCUUCCUCGCCGUGGAAUCGGCUUGAUCGAAUCUUUGCUCUGUGAUGUGGACACUGAUCAACAAGAGCGUGUGUGUGCAUCUGCUGACUUUGCGUCUCCAGUGGAGGCAGUGUCCACCAAAAUACACCUAACACAUUGGGCUUUGUGGGACUUUUACAGCACAGCAGUACUGCGUCAGUAGCUUUAAGACUUUUGGAAGUGGCAUUUCUGAAACUAAGAGCCCGAAGCCUGGUUCCUGGGGGAAUUUAUUGAUCUUGAGCCCCUGAAUUGAUUGCAGGUGUCUUGUCUUUGCCCUCCGCCACAUGGCAGAAGUGCUAAAAUCUUUAAUUUAGCUUUCACUCCAGGGCAAAGAUGACAAUAUUAUAUAAUAGGCUGUGCUCAAAAGUAUAGAGCGUGAGUGUGAACUUGGCUGUAUAUUGAGAGUUAAAAACAGAGUAAAACAGUACAGAUGUUUAUCGAGUGAAAUUCCAGGAAAGUAAAGAUGCAAUAUGUGCAGCAUACAGGGCAUUACAAUCCAAAAUACUAUUUUCAUGAUUUAUUGAGGACCCAGAGAAAAUUAUGAUGGUGAUGCUUCUGUUUGUUUUGAAUGAUCAGACUAACCUACAUGCUGCAUGUUAGAGGAGCGGAGAAGAGACAAACCAAACAGCAGAGGAGAAGGGAAGAGAGAUGUGGAGUCCUUUCUCUCUCCUUUUUUUAUUUUGCCUGAUUAUUUUUCUAGAAAAUGCUGUAAACACCACAUUUGUCAGUAACUGCACAUUAGCUGAGCCAUUGUCGAAAAACAGUGCUGCAGCGUUCAGAUAGAAAAGUGUUGUUUGUUUAAAAUCCUCUCUCAGAUUUUUGAGCUGUUGGAUUAGGUUUCCAGAUGGACGGAGCUUCCUGACACUCUUCUGUUCCAGUUGAUCCAGUGGCUGAAGUAGUAAUGUCCAAUGUCUGGAAUGGGACACAAGCAUAUUAGAACGGAACCUGGUUAAUUUGAAGGAAAAGAAUUUAGGAAACUUCAGGUUUCUGUGAUAGAAAAAAGAAAGAAGAAAGAAAAACAAAAUAAAUCCCUCUUGCGUUCAGGGUUAGGCUUGUUGUUCAAGCCUCAAUAGAGGAUUGUGGUCCUGUUUUAGGUGCGUCGGUUCCAAUUUAAAGGGCCAAAUAUAAUCAGUAGAAAGAAGCUAGCUGCUAAUUACUUCUGUAAGUGGUAUGGUAAAUUGAUAUUUAACAGAGGAGAGAGGGGUUAGGAGCAAGAUUAGGGGAGGACUGGAGAAAUAUUUUUGCUUAAAAAAAUAGGUUGACAUUUUAUGAGAUGUUCUUAUUCGCUUUGUUGUUGAGAGUUUGAUGAUAAGAUUGAUAUCACUAAAUAUGAAUCUAUAGUCAGCAGCUGGUUAGCUUGCUCUGUCCAGUUGUAACAAAGUUUGCCUAUUUUGUUUUUGUGGGCAUAAAAUCCACAAAAUAUAAUUAUGUGUUAAGCUAGUUAGCUGUUUCCCUUUAUUUCCAGUCUUUAUGCUAAGUAAAGUCAGCUGCUGGUUUUAGCUACACAUUCAUUGUAGACAAUAAAGCUUUUUUCAUCCAGCUCUGGUCAAGAAAACCAAUAAGCUCAUUUCCCAAAAUGUUAAACUAUUGCUUUAAGUGUUCAAACUUAAGCAAGAUUUGAAUUGUCACAAAUUUGGAAAUUUAUGUCUUAACUUAGGGUUGAUUCACAAUAAGACAAUUGAGGCAGAUUUUCAAUUUUUUGAGUCCCUGCAGACCCAGAAACCCAAUUAUUAAGUGAAACUGCCAGUUUUGAGAGUCACAACUUAAUGGUUAACUUUGCCUCCAGAAAAUUUGCAAAAUUUACACCAAGAACAAAUCACUAAAUUUGCCCUUAAUGAGAAAAUAUUAUUUGAUGACCCCAAUACCUUCAGUUAGUUUCACUGAAGAUGGCUCUGAUCCAUUUUACGUCCCUAACUCCAAUUUAACAACACAGUGUAAUUGCUUUUGCAAAAUGGCUGCAUCUGCUGUUUGCUGAGGGCAAGCAGCGGCGGCAACGUGAUGCUGGAUGAGGAAGUUAAACUGCUGAGUUUAGCUUUACUUUGACCCUGCCUACAUCCAUACACAAUGGUGCGACUAACAGGCUAAUCACACAAAUAUCAGAUUUAAAACACAGAUUGGAUAAAUGCAAGUUGUGUAAAGCUGAUCUCUUAAUAGCGCUUACUGAUAUUGAGUGUAGACCAUGAAGGUUAAAUAAUCUUAAUCUUUGGAAUGUUUCCUUAGCCGAUGAUGCUGGACCUGUAAAAACAAACUUGAAGUUAGAAAGGCAAAAUGAAAUUUAUUGUUGUUUUCUGACAAAUCAGAUCGUUUUUUUGCAAUAACGGCCUCUGUUAAUCCCUGGCAGGGGGUGGGGGGGGCAUUGUGUGAGUUUUGAGCGGACGGAGCAGGGUUGUUUGUUCCAGGUGUUUUUCCUGUGUCUGUCAAGGCGAACAGUCGUGGAUUUGGGUCAGUUUUCCUCUCAGCUUAAUCAGCUGAAACAUGCAAUCAAAAUGUAAAUUGCAGUGGGUUCAUUUACUAAUGAGAGAACAUUUUAUUUGAGCGUGUAUUAAAGAAUAUAGUGCAGAAGCUUAUUUUAAUUUUGUGGGUUUUUAGAAGAGAAUUUACUCACUGAUGAUGUGGUUGUUGUUUUUUCCACUUGGGUGGGCGUUGUUGCAGAGUUUAACCCUGUUUUUAACAAAUUAGAUUCCUUCCAUAAUUUCAGGUACAUUCAGCCAGUCCCAGAGCAGAGUAGAGAAGACAAGGAGUGUUUUGCUUCCUGGUUUGACCCUGCUCUGGCUAUGGUGCUGGGACAAAAAAACAUAAAGCAGGGAUGGGACUAUGACAAAAGACGAGGAGGUACAGGUGCCAGAGUUUUGCAUGGCUUCUGUAACCACUAGGGCAAUCAAAUAUUCUGGAUAAAAAUGGACACACAACUUCAGUUUAAGGACGAACAUGAAGAUUUAAAAAAAAAAAAAAAAAAAAAAAAAAAAAAACCAACAACUUUGGGUUUGGGAGGUUUGCAUGCGACAACAGCGAUAAUGCAUGUGUGGAACACCAAAGUAUGACUCUGUACAAAUCACUCAAGCUGUUUUCUUUAUUGUCCUAAUAGGUCAGGGAUGUAUUUUCUAAUGCAUGGCUGGACGUUUGUGUCUUUUUGUUUGAACUUAAAUGUGUUUAAAAAAACAAAAAACAAACAAAACCAACAUGUACUCUUUAAGCUGAAGCAUUGUGCUCGGUCUGGGUCAGUACACUCUUAACAAGCAUGUGACUUUUUACAUUUUUGCACAUUUAUGAGCAAAGUUUCAGACAGCACUCACCUUGUCGCUUUUCAACACAAUAUAUUUGCGGAUGGAAGGUGUUGAAAUGUGUAAAAAAGACGAGAUGUUUGUCGUCCCGAGCAACACUCCUUGUUAAAAGUGUAGGCGAGAAACUCCAAGCCGUGAAUACUUGAAGUGCAACUUGAGUGUUUCUGUUCCAAUGCAGUGGAAAGUCUUUGAUUUCUUUGGAUGGGAGGGGAUUGUUCUUAAUGUCCCAAGCCUUUUUACUGUUGACUCCGGAAUGUUCAGACAGCAUGGCCUCUUGCUCAGCCUGCUGGGAAAUUGAGUUCUUACCUUUGAUUCCAUCUGGUGACUUAAAUGUUAAGAAAAAAGUCAAUGAAUGUGAGUUGAUUUCAGCCGAAAUCAUUUUUGUUUUGAUGUUUGACAAGCCAGGGGUGUCUGACAUGCACAGAACUUGCACAUAAGUAAAAAAAAAAAAAAAAAAAAAAA